GUACGACCCCUCGACCACAAUUUCGUUCGCACAUAGUCUCAAUAUGAUAAAUAAUUGAACGUCCAAGGACAGAGCUGACUAGACAAUGUAAUGGCUCUCACACGUGUUGCUGCAACGUUCGCGGUUAGGUUCUCCACAAUAGAGUUAUGGUCGGUCGUCUCGUCGCAGCUAGCUAGCCUCCAUUAUGAUUCCAAAUCAAAUCCAUUUUCUUUCACAGCACUCAGCAUUAUAGUACCUCUACUUCUUCAACCCCAAAAGCAACUGAGAAACCUUUAAUAAAACUAAAAUUUUAUGGAUGUGAGUAGGUGCAAACCUCAAAUUAUUAAUCGGAAGUCAACUGGGUCAUCGUCGGCAGCAGCAUUAUCAGUUCGCCGCCGACACCAUAUAAUUUAUACCAUUGAAGUCAUAUUCAGGCAAAAGCUUCGUUCUCUGUGGACGGCAGUUAACUUAACAAGAUAAACAUUAAACCAUAUUAUACCAUUGAAAGUCAUUUUCAGCAGGUCUUAAGUGUCGCGCCCUCGCCCUGGAGUUUCAAGUCUCCAACCGACGCAGCAAUCAUAUCAUCGUAGCCAUGAAGACCACGGAAUUGAAAUUUCAACCAAUCCCCAAAUGAAGGCUUGGGAUAAUGCAGUGUUGGAAGCAGAAUUGGCUUCUUGCUAGUUAAUAGCUAGUGGCCUUGAUCUUAUCCAAAAAGUAGUCAUCGAAAAAGGAAGAACAAAGUUAAUUUGCUGGAUUGAAGAAUGCAUACCCUAUAAUGGGUUUGAAUUUGAACGUUGAUUUGAUGAGAUUCAUCUGGUAGGUAUAAUGGGGCGGGGCGGGUACCUCAAUAUACAUGCCCCAACGCUAUUGCGAGCUGGAGGCGAGUAAUACCCGCGCGGGUACGGGGCGGGGUCAGUCGACCCGUUCUUACAUGUUAUUUGCACAAAAUACGCACAAUAUGUUCUUUUUAUAAUAAAACAAAGGGGGGAAACACUUUAUGAAUGAAAAUAGUGAUAAUAGAAUGAGUAAUUGAGUCUAACUAGUUGAAAGAUCCAGUAUUCCAGUCUAACUGGUUAAGAAAAAGUCAAAAUAGGAUAAAUAUGAAUAUAUCUUGUAAAAAAUUGACAUAGAAUAGGCCAAAACGAGGUGGGGCAGGACGGGAUUAGAUACCCCAUGCCCCGCCCUAGCGCGGGUGCGUUCGAGUAAAUACAAAUUGUCAUCACUAAGAGGGACACUAGGGUCCGACACCUUACAAAGAACGACUCGUAUACAGUUAAGACUGGGUAUCACUUGGCACCGGCAAUAGUAAUCUCUAAGCUCAAAUUAUGGACCCACUCAUCGAAUCAACAUUCAACAAUUUUAUUACACCUAAGAUGUGAGAUAAUAAAAAUAAAAUCAUAAAAAAUUCAAGUAAAAUUGUAUAUAAUUUUGGCAAAAACAUGUCCGAAAAAUGAAAAAUGUCAGUACACUUCAUAUUGGGAGAAAAAACUGCAUAUAAAAACUAUAGCCAUUCGGCAUUCAAGCUGGCUAAAACGAUAAAAAUAACAGAUGUGAAUUCCAUUUCAAGAUUCCUCUUAUUGAGUCACCACACACAUUCUUUCUUCCACCAAUCAAUUUAAAAAAACCGUUUAUGCCAAAACCAGGCCCUUCUUCAUCAAUCCACAUCUAUAAAUAGCUUACAAUCUCUCCGUUCUUCAUGACCUCUGCUUAUCAGUUAUCAGCACUAACACAAGAAAAAAAAUCUUAAAUCUCCAUUAGCAGAGCAAAAAAAACAGAGUCAUGGGCAGAGUAUCAAGACCCUCGUGGUGCAUUUGGCUACUGAUUACGGUGCUGAUUCUAUCAUCGUCCGGCGGCAGAGUUGAGAGUAGCCGGCGGCUAAUGAGCCGGCCACCGGAAGCCGCCGGCGGUGGCCGGCAGGGGAGCCGAGUGGCUCGGAUUUCGGCGGCGUUGAAUCAGGCGGCGGAAGAAGCUAACAGCAGAGCAGGAGGCAGAGCUCCUGAACGACUGAGUCCCGGUGGGCCGGACUCUCAGCACCAUUGACGGUGAUUUCGCCGGCCGGCCGGCACACCGGGAGAUGAUGAGUUUUUUUUCUCUCGCUUUCAUUGGUCUCCGGUGUAAUGUAUGUAUGUAGAGCUUGAUGCUUACAUUUUAAAUUAUCAUCGUUAGAGAGAGAUGGUUAGAAUAAAUUUGGUGAAAUGUUGAUCAUUAAUAUAGAUGUUAGAUGUUUUUAUUUUGCUAAUUUUAGAAUUAUCUGACCAAACCCAUGAGAAUUGCGGUCCAUUAGUGAAAGACUUUUUAGGACCAAGGACUGGACCAUCAUUGCGUUCUGUCCAUUUGGUCCGGUCCAAAUAUCAGCUCGGUCCAUCACUUCUUCAGUAAUUGUCAAAAUCAUGUGGGCCAAAGACCGGACCGCAUUAUAAUCGGUCCGGUCCAAACUUCGAUUUGGUCUGGUGCGAUCUCGUCCCGGACCGAACCAUUGCACAUCCCUACUUAGGUUUAGUUCUGAUUGUGUGUUCGAAUCCUGGUAAAUUUUUUUUAAAAACAUUCUAAUUUUAAAUUUGGUUGUCAUUUUCAGUUUGAUAUUUGUGCUCCUAUCCUUUUCUGCAGUGGCCACUGCCCACCACAUCAUAAGCGGAAAAACAGAUCUUAUAGGAUUAUUAAAUACAAUUUGAUAAAAGCAUAAUUCUGAU